UGCAGCCUGGGCUUCAAUCUAGCAAGUUUUAAUGCAAGCCUCAUUGCAAGAAGCUGUAUUAAUGCAGUCGUGUGCGGCCCGUAGGACAAUCACAUGCGCACUGCGCAGCAAGAUAGAUAGUAUGCAGAUUGGGCGCCAAUGAUAAUCUCCAGCUCCUCCACAAUGUCUGCCACAAUUCUCGUCCCAAGUACGACCCGGCGCAAACGUCAACCUCACAUCGACUACCAGAAACCCUCUGUUCCAGACAGUUUUCAGCCGUGCUACUGCUGAACUGCGUGCUCCGAUGGUGCACACACCCAGCCAGGGCGACCCUGGCCAUCCCAUGCGUGGCUCUGGCAGGACACAUAGUAGACGUGUUAUGACACGUGGUAGUGCCAACCAGUCACCGAUGUCCCAGCUAGGACGGGGUUCUGGCGUUGAGCCCGUUGCACCUCUCGAAUUAUCUGCCAACCGUUGGGUUCCUGCCAGUACGGCCCGCAAAGGUCAAUCUGAUGUCGAUUCACCUGAGCUGGUCGACCGUAAGGUCAAGGCGCUACUCAACAAGCUCACGAUGGAGAAAUUCGAGAUGAUUUCAGAUCAGAUCAUCCACUGGGCCAACAAGAGUGUGAAUGAGAAGGAUGGGCGGACGCUCAUCCAAGUCAUCAGGCUCAUUUUCGAGAAAGCCAUCGAUGAGGCUGCUUGGAGCGAGAUGUAUGCGCGGCUGUGUCGGAAGAUGAUGGAGGAGAUCAGUCCUGAGGUACAAGAUGACGGGGUCAAGAAUAUGGAGGGCAAACCAAUCAGAGGUGGCCAUCUCUUCCGGAAAUAUCUCCUCAACCGGUGUCAAGAAGACUUUGAGCAUGGGUGGUUCGCCAAGGAUGCUACUACUGCCGAUUUUGAGAGGGCAAAGCGCCAGGGUCUUAAUCUCAUCACGUUUAUUGGCGAGUUGUUCAAGGUACGCAUGCUUACGGAGCGUAUCAUGCACAAUUGUGUGAUGAAGCUGUUGGGCAACAUCGAAAACCCGGAGGAAGAGAAGAUUGAGAGCCUGUGUCAACUGUUAAAGACGGUUGGCCAGUUGCUUGACACGCCGAAGGCCCGCGCGCAUAUGGAUAUUUACUUCAUGCGCAUGAAAGAGUUGUGGAAGAACAAUAUUGUCAGCACCCGCAUGCAAUUCAUGCUUCAGGACGUUAUCGAGUUGCGUGAUCGCAUAUGGAUGGACCGAGAUGCUGCUCCCGCGACGAUUGCUGCAGUUCAUUGGCUGGCCGCCAAGCAGAUUGCAGCUGCAGAGGAGCGUCAGAGGAGCAUGUCUGGUAGUGAAUCCCGAAAGAGCAGCGACUGCACCCAAGAGGAUCCUGAUGGCUGGGCUGUUGCAGGUGAAACUGUUCCGCAGGCGCUUCCCGAGGUUGAGGAUCUGUCACCGUUUAGUAAUAUUACCAACGUGACAUGUCCAAGUGACAUCUCCGAGGCUGGCACGAAGGACAGCAAGCGGGAGGGGCUUUCACAAACGACUCCGAGCUCAAACAUGUUCCACAUGUUCAGCCAGAACCCCGAGGUGUCCACAAAGCUCGGUGAUUCGUCGAGUCGGAAAACGAGCGUUGAUCUUGGUCAUGCUAGUGUUCCUGAGCCCGCUGUACAGCGCAGGAAGCUUCAGCUUCUCCCACGGUCCGUUCAUACUACUGAAGAGAAUGCCACGACACCUUUGGAAGAAGAAACUGAAACCGCACCUAUGGCCAUGUCAGAAACAGACGUGAAGAAGAAGAUCGAUGAAGAAGUGAAAAAGUUCUUCGCUGUUCACGAUCUUCAAGAGGUGGAGCUCUACUUCACCAAUGUUCCGCAUGAGCUAAGCUUCCGUCUCGUGGACAAUCGGCAGAUACGCAUGUCUCUCGGUCGUCCUCGAGGCGGCAGCGAGCACAAUGGCCCUGAUAGCAGGGCUGCUCCGGAUGGUUCUGUUCCAUGGGCGACACCCGAAACUGUUGAUCUGUCACAAUUUGGCAAGAUUACCAUAGGUGCCCCCACCGUUAUGUCCCCGAAACCCAGUCGUUCUUUAGGACUUAAGCGGAACGAUCAUGCUGGUGUUCCUGAGCCCGCUGCACAGCGCAGGAAACUUCAGCUUCUCCCACGGUCCGUUCAUACUACUCCAGAGCAUGUCACGACUCCCUCCAAAGAACCUAAAAGGGUACCCACCGCAGCAACCGUGAAGAAGAUUGAUGAAAACGCGAAGGAGUUCUUCGCGGUUCGCAAUCUCCAAAAGGCAGAUGGAUACUUCCCCAAUAUUCCUGACGAGCACCGCUUCCGGCUCGUGGACAAGCUGGUUGCAUCCGCGCUUAAGGGCAAAGAGGCAGAUUCAAGGUUGGUGAGCGAUUUCUUCGCGCAGACUAUGAGGAACGGACAAUGUACGCUCGAGGGGUUUGAGAAGGGAUUCAUGCCCAUGACAGCAGUUCUGGACAGUAUUGCCAUCGAUGCUCCCAGGGCGUCCGCAUAUAUGGCUAUCAUGCUCAGAGGUGCUGGGUUCCAGAAUGAGCCUGAGAGACUCCGCCGGGUCGUUUCGAAGCUCAAGGAUGGCGACAAGCUAGUCUCUCUCGUGGCUUGAUCCCACUCGCAUGUGACGUUUUCAAUCCAUUUCUUUCUUAUAUACUCAUUGCAUUUCUAUUUUCGUUUGCUUUUUUGAUCAUAUUCCGAACUUUUUUGAUGUUUCGCACACUGGAAUAUAUACAUUACGAUACUUUUGCGUUCGUCCCCUUUGUG